GUUUUUCGGUCUACAGUAGCGCGCGCUUGAACGUCUUCAGCCGGGCUGGACUUAAUCGUUUGUUGUUGUUUUUUCUUCUGUUGUUCAACAAGCGUCGUCGUCAUAUUCUUUUACAAUGCCCAGCAUCCAGAGCUUGACCAUGACGUACCACGCGCUCAACGAGCACGAGACGUUCUCGGAGGGGGACGCGCUCGCCGGACAGGUGACGCUGGCCCUGCUGAAGGAGACCACGGUCGAGAGCCUGUUCGUGAAAGCCAAAGGAGACGCCGACGUCCGGUGGACGAAGAAGAGCGGCGAUCGCACCCACACGUACCACGAACACAAGAGAUACUUCAAGCUCAAGCAGUUUUUGAUCCCGGAGGACCGUAAGGACACUGUAAUUCCCCAAGGAAUCCAUAUCUACAAAUUCAGCUUUAACAUACCAACAGGAAGCAUGCCGUCGUCAUUCAAAGGGAAUCAUGGAAAGAUUGUCUACAAGCUGGAGGCCAAGUUGUCCAGAAGUUGGAGGAUGGACCAAACAGUAGAAAAGGACAUAUGUUUUGUCUCCAAGUGCUAUCCUAACCUUGGUUCUCUGAUGUUACGCCAGGUUGGUUCAACAAAGAAAGAGAUGGGCCUCUUCUCAAAAGGACAGGUACAUAUGGAUGUCAUCGUUGACAAGUGUGCUUUUUACCCAGGUGAAAGUAUUCCGAUUCUGGCAAAAAUCAACAAUUCUUCGUCUAGUGAGAUGAUACCCAAAUUCAGUUUAAUUCAGGAUGUGGUGUACCAUGCCAACGGCAGCACCAGACACCAGAGCAACGUUAUACUCAAAGUGGUUGACAACAGUAUUAAGUCCCAAACACAGAAGGAUGUCCGCUGUGCGAUACCGAUACCUCGUGAUCAGAUGGCAACAAUCCAGAAUUGUGACAUUAUCUCAGUGACGUACACUUUAAAGGCGUAUCUGGACAUCAGCUUCGCUUUCGAUCCGGAGAUAGUGCUCCCAGUGGUCAUUAUUCCUCCAGUCCUCGCUGACGGUGUUGCUAGGGGCCUCUAUCCAGCCGGAGCUGCUGGGGGCCCAAGCAACACAGACUUCCCCCCGCCUGCGGUGUCCAUGGGUCCUUGUCCGCCGAGGGAUAUUGGGGGCCCAGUCAACAGAGGCUUCCCUGCUCCUGCUGUGUUUAUGGGUCCUUAUCCUGCAUCCCCACACUCGGGCAGCUACGGAUACCCAGGGGCCCAACAGUAUGCAGCACCACCACCCGCGUACCCAUAUAACCCGUCUGUGAAUGCUGGUCCACCAGGUGUGUACCCUGUGCAGUCUUCACACGUGAAUGGGGGAUACCCUAACCCAGUGCCACAAUUGGCUCCUUAUGGAUCGCCAUUUCCGUCCUCAUCGUCGCCUUCUCUGCUUCACCCUCCGCCUGCUGCCCCAACAUUUCAUCCACCCUCAUCAUCACCUACUGCUCCACCCAUGAGCAUAUCCCCAACUGCUCCUUCAUACAACCCGCCGUCUUCUGCAGCAAUGAUGAACACAGACUUUCUGUCUCAAUCGGAUGAAGCUCCUCCAGCAUAUUCUCUCCUUUUCCCGUCUUCCGCUACUGAGAAGUCUGAUGCCAAAUAAUAGAAACUAUGCUUAAUGACUGAACCAGUUUAUUUUUGAUGUGACGUACUAAUUUAUAUAUAAAUGUGUAAUCUGAUCACCUAGAUUGUGUCUUUAACCCGUAUCUCGCGAAUUUAAACAAAAAUGUCACUGUGCCGUGUGGACUGUUUGCAUGUAAACAAUCAUAUGGGCAAAAGGGAUUUGUGGAUCGUAUCCAAAUGUUGUAUCCUUCUCAGUUACGGUCACUAAUUGGCUUCGUCCAGCUGCUCAAACCUCAUCCGUCCGGAUACGCUGUGUAUGCACACGUGCCUUGCUCAACACAAGAAUCCUCAACAGACAUUUUUUCGAUGGUAUAUAGAAUAUACAGAUUUUCUCAAUCUGCAGUGUGGAGGCUAGUUGAAAGAAACUGGACAACAAGGACUAUAUUAAAAAAUAUUGUCAUAUGUUUACUGUAUAAAGUAAUCAAAUAAGAGGCUAAAUAAGCGAUUUUUAGAUAUAUUGCCCAGUCUGUGCAAUUUAACACCAGACAACUUCUUCGGUCUAUUUCAUCAACACAAUACUAAACAAACCAGGCUUUUUGUUAUACUUGCCAAACUGCUGUGUUUUCUCCGACUUAGAGAUGUAAAUAAAGAAUAGCAAGAGACGGUUA